GCUUGGGUGGGGGAGGUUGAGUGAAGCAAAUUGCAACUUGCUUUGUGAUCCAUGUGACUUUAGUUUCCGUUAUUUCCUUCCGCAAAAACUAUAUUAAUCUGAUCUUAAGUGAGUGCAAACAGCUAACUGUAUUAUCGUUAUCUUUUUGAGAAAUACUGUGAGGUAACAAGACAAGUGUUGGUACAGAAUGAACUUCCAAGAAUUGAAUACGUUGCUCCAAACGGAGUCCUGUUGAAAUGGCAUUAAUUGCUGUGAUUAUCUCCAUAUGCAUAGCUUUUCUGGAUACAGGAUGGGCAACAGAACCCACAACCUAUCAUAGUAUUUGCAAACUAAAAGAGAGACGUGCAGAUUGCAAUGGGAGGAGGCUGAGUUCUGUCCUAGAAGACUUGCCUUCUGGGAUAGAGGAACUCUUCCUGGAUGCCAACGUUCUACAAACUCUUUCAAAUGCAUCAUUCAUACAAUAUCAUGUCCUACAGAACCUCAGUCUGCAUGCAAAUAGGUUGGAGCUCAUCGAACCUGGGGCAUUUCUUGGCAUUAGGAAUCUUAGUCUGCUAACCGUGUCAGACAAUUUCCUCUCCCUCAAUUAUUCUGUAACAUCAUCUGCUUUACGUACGUUGACUUACCUGAGAAAACUGGACCUCUCUGGAAACCAGCUUACUGAGCUUAUGAUGGGCAGAUUGAUUCAGCAUUUGUCUUCUCUAGAAUCCUUGUCUUUAGCAAGGAAUGUCAUCAUGAGGUUAGAUGACUAUCACUUCAGAAAUCUGCCCAAUCUGCAAUAUCUGGAUUUACAGCAGAACUAUAUCUUUGAAAUUGAGGCUGGAGCGUUUGAAAACAUGCCAGCUCUGCAACAGCUUAACCUGGCCUACAACAACAUACCUUGCAUUGUGCAGUUUGAUCUGAUCCAACUUCGGAUGUUAAAUGUUAGCAAUAAUCACAUUGAAUGGUUCUUGUCUGCAGAAAAUAAUGCUUCUUUUGAACUGGAAACACUAGAUCUUUCCUACAACCAGCUUCUGUUCUUCCCACUACUGCCCAACUUAAAUAAAUUGCAGACUCUGCUGCUGACACACAACCACAUGAAUUUCUAUGGCAAAUUUUUCAAUAAUUCAAACAGCUCAGUUCAGCUACUAUUCCUAGAUGGCAAUAUCAUUAACAUCACCAGCCAAGAACUUUGGGAAGAAAACAAUCAUGGCAAUCUCUCUUCUUUAACAUUUCUGGAUAUGAGCUGGAAUGAGUUAUCUUAUUUUCCAGAUCACUUUUUUAAAGGGUUAAUUUCCCUUCUUUAUCUGAACCUCAGUCACAACUGCUUAAAGACACUGAACAUAGAGCACAGGGAAAUUCUAAGUACUCUGAUUGACUUGGAUUUCAGCCACAACCUGCUUUCAAAGCUACAGAUGAAUUUGGGUUCUGAAGGCAGCUUAACCAACCUCAGAAAGUUUAAUCUUAGCACCAACAAUCUACAUGGCUUGCCAUAUCAAUUCUUUAUUCAUGUAAGAAAAAUCACUACAAUUGACAUCAGUAAAAACCCAAUCCAAAUCUGUUAUCCAUAUAGUGCUACAAGCUCUGAUUGUGUAACGUUUACUUAUGCUAAUUCUUUAAGGAAUCUUGUAUUGUCUGGCUGUAACCUAAGCACGUUGUCCUGCCAUUUCUUUAAGGGGACUUCCCUUACAUAUUUAGAUCUUUCUAAUAAUCCUAGGUUGCUUAUUAGUGGUUUGCGAACUCUGAAAGAUAUCACGUCAUCCAUACAGGUACUCUAUCUUAGAAAUACUGGCCUCUCUGCUACAGGCACAGAGAUGGACUUUUCUGCAUUUCAGAAACUGGUAAAUUUGGAUCUGUCUGGAAACAGUUUGGCAUACUUCCCAGAAUCCUUAAUAGACCUUAAACUUUAUACUCUAGAUCUCAGGAUGAAUUUCUACCAUACCCUACCUCAAUACUUCAUGGAAAAGCAACUUGGAAAGAGUUUGCGUGUGAUUUACCUCAGUGAGAAUCCUUAUGACUGUUGCAAAAUGGGUUGGUGGGAUACUCUGAAAAGCCAUGGAAGCAUACACAUUGGAGACAUGACUGACAUCACUUGUAAUUACUCCUCCAGAUUCAUCAGUGCAACAAAUAUACCUGAAUCAGUUCACCAAGACUGUAGGUGGCUAACAACUAACAUGGCUUUGUUGUAUCUGGUGCUUAUUCUUCCUACCUGUUUGACCCUGCUGUUUACUUUUAUCAUCAUCUUUUUAAUUUACAGGGAAAAAAUUCUUCCGAUGCUAAAGAGCAGGCAUAAGAAACACAGGCCAUACUGAAAUUUGGUGGCAGAAAGAAACAAUCUAAUCUAAUAGUACUCAAUAAUAUGCUUAGAAAGUUACAUUUGCAGUCACAUAUUUUGUUCUAAUAAGCUGUAACUUGUAGUAAUGGUUUACAUCAGUGGUGGUAUUCUACUGGUUCUGCCGAGCCGGUAGCGGCAAUGAGCAGCGGAGACCAAACCAGUUGUCUCUGCCUCACUGCUGUUGGGCCCACGC